CUCAACUUCACUUCUAAGGUUCGUCUUUUCGUGCCAACUACGCCCUUGUUCUUAAGUCCUCACUGUCCUCUUCAUUUCAUUUUGUCAUUCUUGUGCAAAAAGUCUAUCGUUGAUACCCCAAACCCCCUCCUGCCACACAACCAACAAGGCUUUCGAGCCUCCCUUUCAUGAUCCUGCAUUUGUAAAGAAAGCUUCGAUUUGCCGCGACCUCCUCCUACCUAACUGACCCUGUUUCAACUCCUGCGGUAGUCGUCAUGGGCCGGAGACGAUUCCUUGCCGACUUGGCCGACGCCAGCAGCAGCAAGACACCGAACAUCGAGGGCGUCCACACUCCGGACGAAGGAGUCGUCAGUUGUAUGUACACUUGCAAUGAAAACCGCGUGUGGCGCUACGUGAACAUAAACUUCUGCGCCACGAACCUUGACGAAUACCCUGAUGGUAACUCAUUCAUGCUUUAUACCGACGACGAACACAUCGAUCCUUCCAUUCCCCAGACAUUAGAGGCCGUCGGUGCAGAUGCUCAUGGCAAAUCACUCUCCGAAGUCCUCUCCGAGGUCUCCCAACGACUUUCAGCAACGCUCUCAGAUGAUGGAGAAAAUAACACUGAUACUGUACUGGAAGAUGGUGAUGAGGACGAUUUCGACUUCGAGUAUGAUUCAGAUGGGGGAGACUUUGGACUGGCCGACCUACAACCUAUCACCAAUGUUGCACGCGAGAACGGCUCUUCACGUGCUACAACACAGUGCACCAACCCACCGAGCCUCCAGAAGAUACGAGCUGAUCUCCGAGCACUGAAAGACGCCGGGUUUCGUGUUGGGAUCUUUGGCAAUCUCGCCACAACCGGUGCGCUUUGUGUCUCCGUUCGAGUCGUGAAGCUCGGACUCUCUGAUGAAGCGAUGCAAGCAUGGAGCUUACGGCGGCAACAUUACCUGAUCCUUUUGAUAAGAUACUCAGGGGCCUACAUGGAUGCCAGCAGACUUUGCUCGGAAGUGAACAGCCUGAACGGCAAGAUGGAAAUGCGUGUCGGGCUCUGUCAACACUACAAACCUUCUUCUCGGGAUGUGUUGAGCACGUUCGAGAAGAAGGGUGAGGCGGUCAGUACCGAAGCAGAGGCUUCCACUUUCGAGCCGCUCUUCAUCGGCCAGCCUCUCAAUCAAUUUCUGGCAGAGCGCCUACUCUACAUCAUUAAAGCACGGCACUCGCACGGCCUUAGCUGGCUAGGGGCUGAGAAGUUCGUCGAAGCAAGACAAUUGUUGACAUCAAACAGUAAUUUUGACGACCUUGUGGACUAUCAAUGUGACGAUAACGCCAACACCACAAACCUGCCCGGAUUCGUCAUGGCGGAUCACAUGGGCCAGAUCUCGCUAGAGAAAGCCUCACUGCCACUGAUCGCUAUGCAGGCUGUCCUCAGACACUUUGUACGAUGCACGGAAUUCUGCCUGGUGUGUCACUCCCAUGUCGACAACUCUUUCGAAGCAUUGAAGCCGUACGUCUGCACCAAGCCAUUGUGCUUGUAUCAGUAUAUGACAUUGGGGUUUGGUCCUAGUCUGGAAUGGGAUGUUUGUUCUCAACCGUAUGUCGUGGAUCUUCUGAUCAGCUUCUGCCAUGUUGCUGGUAAUAGUGGCCGCCUGAAGGAUUAUCCCGUCGGGUUGAAUCUAAUGACUCCAGUACUUCCACACUACAGCGUCCCAUUUCCAGAUCCAACGGUUUAUUACCUUCACAAUGCCAACAAGGGGUCAACCUCGACUCCCAUGAGCGCAGAGAAGACAUUCAGUUGUAUGUGGCAUGCGAAUGAACGACAACUUCGCAAAUGCCAGAACGAGGAUUGGUCCUUGGCCAAGCUUAGAGUUGGCGACUGGCUCGUUACCGUUGCUCACAAGAACCAAACUGCAGCACAUCAUCGAAUCAAGAACAUCUCGAUGGAUGUGGUCGAACUUGGUGAGCCGGUGUUCGUUGUUUUCAACGAGAACAACCAAACAUCUGGACAGAGCCAGUCAACCACCCAAGACAUUGCACCUCCUCUGGAUGGAAGCGUCAAAGCUGACUGCUUUCUCUAUGACAAGAAUUUCGACGUUCUGCCCGUGGUACAGAAGCAACGCGCACUUGUUGCAUUGUUAGAUACCUUGCCGAGUGUUGAGGAAAUGUGCGAGUAUUUGGAACGUCAAGGAAGGGGUCGUGCUGGAAGCCUCAAGCUGUGGAAAGACAGAAUUUCCGAUCCAGCGCUCAACUUGCUUCGCUGGAUCAUUGCUUCGAACCGAUCUUGCAUCGUGCAGGUCGGUGAAGUGGUUGGCGACCAGGAUGGAAAGGCUCUCACAGCAACCGAAGAUCGUGUCGAGGGCAUGGAUGGCUACAUGCAAUUUCGCUUCGCGCAAGGUGCACCGGACAAGGAAAAGAGAUUCAACGAUUGUGUAAAGACUGAGGCUGUAACAACGGGCACCCAGUAUCCUACGCUUUUCGCAUGGCAUGGCAGCCAACUUUGGAACUGGCACUCGAUCAUCCGACAAGGGCUUCGGUUCGAUGAAAUUGUCCACGGUCGAGCGUACGGGAAUGGCGUCUACAUGUCUCGGCACGCGGCUACAAGCUUGGGCUACUCCAACAAUAAUCUUGUAAGCGACUGGAAACCAUCAAUGCUUCAGAUUGGGAGAGCCUUCUCACUCAACGAAGUGGUCAACCAUCCGGCGAGGUUCGUCUCAAGGUCGCCCCAUUACGUGGUUUCGGACCUUGACUGGAUUCAGACUCGGUACCUCUUCGUGAAAGUCAACAAAGCUUUCACAUUCAAAGAGGGCAAAUGCACAGAGAUGUACAAGCAAGAUCCUCUGCAUGUGGCCAGUAACGAAUUGAAUAGAGCCAUCAUCAUUCCGAUGACGGCCAUUUCCAAGUCACGCAGACCUUGUAACACAAUUGACAAGGCGGCGACCGAGGCCGGAAAGCGUACCAAGACCCUUGCCGAUACCGAUCAGGCGACUGCCGAGCACCGUGAAGACGAUGCCAACAGUGUGAUGUCGGACGCCACUGAUGUGGCCUACCUGGACGGUAACUCGGAAGUAAAUCGUGGAGGAAGUGGUCAUACUAACCCAGGUGAGGACGAUAUGGGAAUGACUCUGAUUCACGGCAGGAAGCGGCCAGUGGACGCGGUCGCGGAGACCGAUUUUGUUGCUGGAACGCUCGAUGUGAGUAGCAUCAAAUUUCUCAAUGCUCCGCAAAAUGCGACACCCACUGCUACUAAAGCACUCAUGCGCCUGCUUCAAGAGGCCAUAUCGGUGCAGGAAAAUACUGCGCCAGCAAUCUUGGGAUGGUACAUCAAUCGCGAUAUGAUCAACAACAUUUAUCAGUGGAUCGUGGAGUUACACAGCUUCGCAGCCGAACUGCCUCUGACCGCAGACAUGAAGGCUGCCGGCGUCAAGUCGAUCGUGCUUGAGAUGCGGUUUUCCACCGUUUUCCCCUUCAGCCCGCCGUUCAUCCGAGUCGUCAAACCGAGGUUCCUUCCAUUUGCUCAGGGCGGAGGCGGGAAUGUCACCGAAGGCGGAGCAAUGUGCAUGGAAGUAUUAACCAACGACGGAUGGACAGCGGCGCAAAAUGUUGAAAGUCUUCUGCUCCAGGUACGCAUGGCUAUCUGUGACGAAGAACGUCCAGCUAGGCUCGCACCUCCCCGAGCACCGGGACUGCGUCAGCAAAACACUUAUGGGAUUGGCGAGGCGCGGUCGGCAUACAUCCGAGCCUGUCAAAAUCACGGUUGGACCGUACCGGCAGGAUUCGACAAGAUUCAACAAGAGUAAGGUGUUGAAUCCCAGCAAAUGUGGGGAAGAACAGAACAACAAGAAUUGAUGGGGAGGAGAGCAUACAACAUUAUUGCACCUCAUAGUGAUACCACAUAAAUUAGUGGGGAUGCAGGGAUACUGCUCUGUGUGGUCUGACAAGCAUGGCGUCUGGGGGUGCUACCACAGUAGAGUUAUGGAGUUGGGGAGUCAUUCAGGAACCGCAUUCUAAAUCAAAGCUUGUAGCCGAUCACAAAGAGCAUGUUUAUUUUAGACCGAUACAGGACCUAGGUACAAGGGUAUUCAGAUCAACUGAGACAUGAAGACUG